AUGUCAGAUUUUACAUACCACAGGCAGUUGUCUAUUUCGUUUUUAAAAUGUGCGUUUCAUUUUUCAAAGAAAUCAACAAAGGAUCUUUCCCGGGAAUUUAAACACCGACCGUGUGGACCUUUAAUUGAGUUCAUCGUACUUUCGUUUUUGUGUUUACAAUUAAGUAAGCCCAAAAAGAAGAUGAAUUUCCUUCUGAACUGCCUUGUGCCAUUAUUAUUUACACUGUCAUUCAUAGACUGUCAAAAAUACAAACCGACUUGGGAGAGCAUAGACUCGCGGCCAUUGCCAGAAUGGUAUGAUGACGCUAAAAUCGGUAUGUUUAUUCACUGGGGCGUCUUUUCUGUGCCUGCGGUCCAUAGCGAGUGGUUCUGGUGGUAUUGGAAGGGACAGCCACAAAAUGACGUAGUGAACUUCAUGAAGAAGUAUUACCCGCCAGAUUUUACUUAUGCAGAUUUUGCCAAGGAGUUUCGAGCGGAGUUUUAUGACCCGAAUAAAUGGCGGGAAAUAAUCCUUGCCUCUGGUGUAAAGUACGUGGUUUUGACAUCAAAACAUAGCGAGGGGUUCAGCAAUUAUCCAACUAAUGUAACGUAUCAGUGGAACUCUAGAGAUGUAGGACCCAAGAGGGACCUUAUGGGUGAAUUACAGAAAGCACUAAAAGGUACAGGCGUGAGAUUUGGAGUAUACCAUGCCAUGAUUGAGUGGUUUAAUCCAAUAUGGCUAGAGGAUCAAAGGAAUAAUUUAACCACUCAAAGAUAUGUUAAGGAUUACAUACAUCCCCAACUUUAUGAAAUAAUUAAUACCUACAAACCUGACAUCUUGUGGAAUGAUGCAGGUUGGCUGGCUCCAAGUUGGUACUGGAAUGCUACCAUAUUUCUAGCCUGGCUGUACAAUGAAAGUCCUGUCAAAGAUUAUAUACUGGUAAAUGAUCGAUGGGGGUCCGAUUGCUUUUGCAAACAUGGUGGAUUUUGGACUUGUUCCGAUCGUUUCCACCCAGGCCAUGUGAUGCCACACAAAUGGGUGAAUGCGAUGACAAUAGACAAAUAUUCCUGGGGUUAUAGAAGAAAUGCUGACUUAUCAAAUUAUAACACUAUAGAGGAAUUGUUGGAGGAAGUCAUUACUACAAUAAGUUUUGGUGGAAACAUACUUAUCAAUGCUGGACCAACAGCUUGGGGGACCUUUGACCCAAUUUUCGAAGAACGUUUCCGACAAUUGGGAUCUUGGCUGAAAGUGAAUGGAGAGGCUAUUUAUAAAACAACCCACUGGAUACACCAGAAUGAUACUCUGUCGAAUAGAGCAUGGUACACGUCAUCGAAAACGGAGAAGAAGACCAUUUAUUGUCUGCUACUAGACUGGCCAGAAAACAACGAACUACUACUUGGAUCCCUGAAGAGUUUUGAAGUCGAUUCUGUUUCAAUGCUUGGGACUGACGCAGAUGUAUAUUUCGUCCAAGAAUCGCAAGGACUCAGGGCGUUAUUUCCUAUGAUAAAUAUUCGUAAAAUGCCUUGCAAGAUUAUCCUAAUAGGGUGCAAUGUUGUGAAACUUUCAACCUCUUGUAAGCAAAGUGUCUGUGAAUUUGAUUGGACGGUUGAUUAUAAAUUCACCAUGAUGUGGUAUAAUAGGACAUCCGAUGAACCAGAAUUUCAGCCCGUUUUAAUGGACCGUCACCAUUAUCUCCGACGACGGUCAACGACGCCAAAUUGUACUGAGACGUACAACGCUGUUACAUUUUCAGAAUUUCAGGAGUUAGUGAGCCCUGGUGAUGGUGAUUACCGAAUGGUGUACGCCAUCAAUGGACGAAUUCCAGGACCGGAGAUAGUAGUAACGGAGGGGGAUACGGUGGUAAUUCGUAUACGAAACCGAUUGAAGGUGGAAGGGUUAACAAUCCACUGGCACGGCCUGUUACACAGGGGAACUCCGUGGAUGGACGGGGCCUCCAUGAUAUCUCAGUGUCCUAUACUGCCAGGCCAGAGUUUUGAAUACAGAUUUAUAGCGGAACCCGUUGGCACACAUUGGUAUCAUGCACAUACAAAUACAAUGAGAAGUGACGGACUAUCAGGGGCAUUUAUAGUGCUGUCGAAACAGCCAGGAAAACCAUCAUAUUCUGCUGAAUUUUUUGCCGUUAUACAAGACUGGACUAAGCGUUCCGCAGCUGAAACGGCCGAAACCUAUAGGAACAGAUUAUUUGGUUUAGAGGAGUAUGACGGGAAAUGUCAGCCAGCCGAGUAUAUGCCGGACGGAGGGGCCUCUAUAUUUGCUUUAAACGUAGGAUUAGUAAAUGGAAGAGGGCGGCCAUCCACUGGGAACUCUGAAUACGAGAAAAAAGCCUUCAUUCCUCUGGAAACUUUCACGGUACAAAGGGGAGGAACCUAUCGCUUCAGAAUGAUCAAUGUUGGAUUUGCAGCACCUUUUAAGAUCUCUUUUGAAGCACAUAUAAUUUCCGUUCUUGCUUUUGAUGGAAAUGAAGUUGAGGAACAAGAAUGUGAUGCUGUAGUAAUAAGUCCCGGCGAGAGUGUAGACAUCAAACUAAAGGCAAACCAGUCUCCAAACAAUUACUACAUCGAUGUAGAAACUCUACCCACUACGUCAAUCUGGGGCCCAAUUGAAGAGCCAAGGAAAACACGUGCUCUUCUCAAUUACCAAGGAAUCAACCCAUAUCAGGAGCCGCCUUCUAUUCCACGUCUCUGUACUGGCCAAAAUCCAUGCUAUGUUGUCAACCAAAUUUAUGGAAUGCCGCCCUUUGAUUCCAAUACGUUGAUUAUACCUCUAACUAGCCUCAAAUCAACCCAGGCAGUAUUAUCUAAAAAUGCAGUUCCUGUUGAAAGUCCCAUAUCCUCACUGCAAGAAUUUUUCCUUCAUUUUCAUAUUUUUCGUGGUCACCCAGCCAUUAAUGGAAUGCGCUUUAUGUACCCUACUUCCGCUUUACAAACUUAUCCUAAAGGCAGCUUCGUCACACCGUGUCAGUCAACACACUGUACAUCUACAUCACAGAACUGCAGAUGUACUCACACACUCAAAUUAGAAAUCUACAAUACCAUCCAAUUUGUAUUCUUCACAAGAGGAAUAAAAGCACCACAUCCAAUACAUUUUCACGGUCAUCAAUUUCAUGUGGUAAAAAUUGGAUAUCCCGAAUAUGACCAAGUAACCGGAAACGCAACUGCGCCGAAUCAAGAUAUAAGAUGCCUAAAUGAUGAUUGCACUGAGGCAACCUGGGCAAAUCCGUCCUGGCGCUAUGGAGUACCCGGUCUGAACUUGAAGAAUCCGCCUCUUAAAGAUACGGUUAACAUACCGUGGGGAGGUUAUGUUGUUGUUAGAAUUACAGCCGAUAAUCCAGGAUAUUGGUUACUUCAUUGUCACCUUGCACACCACCAAUCUCAGGGGAUGACCCUCGUGCUGCAGGAGGGAGACAUAUCGGAUAUGAUAUCAACACCUCCCAAUUUUCCAACCUGCAAUAACUUUCAAAGUUCUCAGGACUUCAUGAAAUCGGCCAUCAAUGAGCAGAAAAAGAUUCUUGCUCGAAAGCGAUAUAAUCGAAACCGCGAGGGAAAUCAAAGAGGAAAAGCUUCAAUCAACGAAAAACAUCCAUUCCAUGCUAGAGGCAUGGAUACAGCGUCUGUGAUGCAAUUUUUAUUGAGUGGAAAGCCAGUGGAUACACGUGCCUCAGGUGCAGCUGCUAGCCGAUACCAACAACCAGGGGUCCAAAAUCUCCCGCCAAACACGGUUACCCCAAAAUCAGGGACGUCAGUUUGUGACACCAGUCCCUGGCUCUGCUUCGGCGGCAGUCCUUUUGGUUAGUCCUCCAAUGUGAUCCUUCAGCCUUUCAAUUCAUUCACUCUUUCUUCAUGUUCUGUCAUUCAAUUCUAUUAUCUUUGCGCAUCAACGCCAUCCUUCAAGAAACAUUGAAUAAACUGCCAUAAGCUUUUCUAUAAACUUACCAGAAUGUAGAACAACUUUAAAAACAGUUAUUUUUUACAUUAUUUGCUAUAAUAGUUUUGACAUGCAUUUAGGUUAGUUUCGAGAAAUAUAACACCAGUUGUUUUUGUCAACAGGGAAUACUCUCUCCCUCAUAGACACCUGAUUCCAGUUUAAGAUUCUUUUUAUCCUCUAUUGUAUGUUUUUGUUAUCGAUCACUGUUCGUAAUCGAUACUUUUUUUCAUGAUAUGCAAAUGUUAAUAUUAAUAUAAAAUAUAUUAAAAAUAAAAAAAGA